CUAUCCAUCUGCUCCAUAUCGUAGAGCGUCCACCAUGGUAUCCACCCGCAGACAGUCCAGGGCGAGGACGGGCAUUGAGGAGGAUCCAAACAGGGUCAUCGCCGUCGUCACUGGCGCAAACAGUGGCUAUGGCUUUGGUAUCUGCCAGCAACUUCUUACAAACCUCUCUCUCCCCUCUUCCGUGCCCAUGCGCGCUUCAACACCCCAACAGAGCGCCCUCGCUCCCUCUCUCCAACACCUGCUACAAUCCCCCAAGUCUGCCGAGCCCACCAAAUCAUCGCCCCCUAACACUACCCUCACCAUCAUUCUCGCCUGCCGCUCAGAGACGAAAGCGCUCGAAGCUCGAGACCGUCUCAUCUUUGGGCACUUGGAAGAGCUCGCAAAGAGAAAGAAGGAGGGCAAGGUCGGGGAGAAGCCGGGAUGGAGGGAGGGACUGCGGAUAGAAUGGGAGGGCCUUGAUUUGGAUAGCCCGGGUGGGAAGUAUGGCGCGUUGGCAUUCUGCGAAAAGCUCGGUGAAAAAUACCCCCAUAUCACUACGCUGUAUUUGAAUGCCGGUAUGGGAGCUUUCGCAGGUCUCUCCUACUACAAGUUUAUCAAGCAGAUCUGCUUGGAAGGCAUGCUCGUCGCGUUGAGCCAGCCCAACUACAACGAGGAGAUUCAAGGAGCAACGACCGAAGAUGGAGAGAGAGGGUUGGUCUGGGCAACGAAUGUUUUAGCUCCUUACAUCAUGGUCAAGGAACUCAUCCCUCUCCUUCGCCGCUCUCCCGUCGAUCUCCCCUUCUCUCCAAGGGUCAUUUAUACCUCUUCCGGCACAGCGUGGUACUCCAAACUGGCCAAACAUCCGCUGGACGAUUACAUGCUCUUGGACUAUCCCAGCACGUACGGUGCGAGCAAGUAUAUGGGCGACCUGGCCAUGGCAGCGCUCGACAAAGAGUAUGGAGAGGUAGAGUCUGAAGGUGAUGCGGGUUCAACGAGGAAGGGGAGAGGAGAGGAGAACGUGAGAGAGGUCAGGGUGUUGACAGUGGAUCCGGGGUGUGUCGCUACCAACUUUUUCGCGGCCGGACUGGGCACCAUCAUGUGGUGGGUCAAGAUCAAGAUGUUCUUCAACUGGUGUCUAUUCUACUUUGCCCGUCUGAUCGGCUCCCCUUACCACCCAGUAUACGCUUCCGAAGGCGCGCUCCCCAUGCUCUACGCCGCUCUGAUCCCUGCCCUCUACCUCCUUCCCCCAUCUCCGCCCGCGCCCGCGCAGAAAUACAAGGUCAUCUCGACAAGGUGGGGAAAGACCAAGGUGGGGUAUGGAGAAGUUGACCAGUGGGAGAGGGCGGAAGAGGAAGGGCUGGGAAGGGGAGUGGUAGAGAGGUGUGAGGUUGUCAGGAGAGAGUGGAGGCGGAGGGAGGGGUUGGAGUGA